GGCUUGAGGUCUCGAACCGAACCGAACCGAACUAAACUGAGCUACAUGUACACUCAGUUCAAUUCAAAACACAAGUUUCAGUGUCUCAGUAUUUGUGUGUAGCGAACGCUUUGAGUCCAAAAUUCUCCAUCAUUCAUCCCUGAAAAAUAAAGAAGAUUUGGGAAAUGGCUGCUAUAAAAUCUGCUGCCUCUGGGUUGGUACUGCCACGUCCAGUUACUUUUGUUACUGGAAAUGCCAAAAAGCUUGAAGAAGUUCGUGCCAUCUUGGGUCACUCCAUUCCUUUUCAAUCCCUCAAACUUGACUUGCCUGAGUUGCAAGGAGAGCCUGAAGAUAUCUCCAAAGAGAAGGCUCGUUUGGCUGCACUUCAGGUUAAAGGACCUGUUUUGGUUGAAGAUACAUGCCUCUGUUUCAAUGCCUUGAAGGGUCUUCCAGGGCCGUAUAUCAAAUGGUUUCUCCAGAAGAUUGGUCAUAAAGGUCUCAACAAUCUGUUGAUGGCAUAUGAUGAUAAAUCAGCUUAUGCAUUAUGCGUAUUUUCAUUUGCAAUCGGUCCAGAUAGUGAACCUAUCACAUUUUCAGGAAAAACACUGGGGAAGAUUGUGCCUCCAAGAGGACCCAAUGAUUUUGGAUGGGAUCCUAUUUUUCAACCUGAUGGCUAUGAGCAAACUUAUGCAGAGAUGUCUAAAGAAGAAAAGAACAAAAUUUCUCACCGCUACAAAUCUCUUGCACUGGUGAAAUCACAUUUUGCUGAAGCUGGAUAUACUUUUCAAAUCUAAAAGUGGUAUGGUUUUUGUUGUCAUGGUCGUAGAUUAUAAGUCAGAAGUUCUAUAGUAAUUUAGAAAACAUUCCCUGGAAUUUGGGAAUCAGUUCAACAAUGUAAAGAAUGUUGGAUUAAAGUUUGCAUACUUAAAAUUUGAUCAAACCUCAUUUUGCAAAUUUAAGUUUGGUUAAUAACCUGUUUUAUGUUUGCGUUAUUUUUAUCAAAUGUAUGUGUUAAAUACUA